AUGAACUUCGUCUAUUUACAAAUUAAGCUGCAUAAUGGAAUUUUAAAAAAAAACUCUCUAAAUACAUUUUCUUGUAGCAGUGCUUUCAAAAGAAGUAACCAUGGGUGGUGCAUAAGAAGUACAAGUUAUAAACAUAAUAAUAGCACAUAUGACAAAAAAUUAAAAAAUGUGAAUAAUAUUACUAUCGGGGAACAUUUUGUCCAUUCUCGAUAUUUUUCGUAUCAAUCGAACAUUGUCACAUGUUGUGAUGAAACAAAUUCAAAGAGGAAAAAAGAAAAGGAUGAAGGAGAUAACCCCAUUGGCACCUCAACACAGGAUGACGAAAAGAUAUAUAACAUAUAUAAAAAUGGGGAAGAAACACUAGUAUCGUUAAAAAAGGACAAAACUGAAGAAAUAUUGAGUAAUGAUCUUUUCCAAGAAGUGGACAAUACUGAGAAUCUCCCACCAUACACUCAUUUCAUCAUCGAAAAGUGCAAACUUAAUACAAAACAUGAUGUAGACGAUUAUGAAAGUUCUUGGUAUGUUGAACUUGUAUAUGAAUUGCUAAACUGUACAAAAAUUAUGUUCGAUUGCUCAUGGAUGACAUCGAUCGUAGGAACAACUCUAUUUAUGAGAAUAAUAAUUUUACCACUAACUGUAUCAGCAGAAAGGGACAGGAGAAAGCAGAAAAUAUUAAACCCAUUAAUAAAGGAAUUAACAAAUAAAUUAAAAAGUAAUGCACAAGAUGGAAAUGUAAAAAGGGCUCUUGAAUUUAAAAAAAAAAUUCUCAACAUUAGAAACACACAUGGAAUAUCUUUAAUACCUAAAUCGAUUAUAUUAAUGGCAUGCUUUCAAACACCAUUAUUUUUUAUAUUUUAUUUUUCUAUGAAAAAAAUGGCAUCUUAUCCAGAAAUUUUUAAAGAAUUUACUUUUGAAUCUCCACUAUGGCUUGAUAGCUUAUCUCUACCAGAUCCUUAUUACAUAUUACCCUUCCUUUCAUCCCUCUUAUUAUUAUCAAAUAACGAAUUAACAGCAUUGAUUGACAAAACAUUGAGCAAUAGUAAAUUGAAAUAUACAUACACAGAUGAAAGUGAUUUUCAAAAAAAAAUGAAAGAAAUCUCCCUAAUAGCUAUGAGGCUAUUCUAUAUAUCAUCCUUAUUUUUUUUUAAGUCUAUGCCAUCUGGGUUACUCCUCUAUUUGAUCACCAAUACCUUCUUUCAAUUACUCACUACCCAAAUUUGUAAACUCAAAAUUGUUGAAAGGUUUUUGGACUUACCUCCACUAUAUUCCAGGGGCUUAUCCAUGCAGAAGGAUGGGAAACCGACCGAUUAUUUCGAUUCCAGACGAAAAAAGGGUGUUCACAUGAACGACUUAUUACAAGAUAAGUUCAUGUAA